AUUGAUAAAGUGGUCAUAGCGAGGCUCCGGGAAUAACUGCGAGGCUCCAGGAAUAACUGCGAGGCUCCGGGAAUAAGUGCGAGGCUCCGGGAAUAAGUGCGAGGCUCCGGGAAUAACUGAGAGGCUCUGGGAAUAAGUGCUAUGCUCCGGGAAUAAGUGUGAGGCUCCGGGAAUAAGUGCGAGGCUCCGGGAACAACUGCGAGGCUCCGGGAAUAACUGCGAGGCUCCGGGAAUAACUGGAGGCUCCGGGAAUAACUGCGAGUUUCCACAGAUCGUUAACUGGAGAAUGGAUGAAGCACACACGAGAAACAGACUCGGGAGUACGAGAGGUUGAUACCUGUCCUCAUAAAGUACUCUGGAGUACCAAAUAUAAGCCGACUCAUUCAUCAUAACAUACUCUCUCUGGAGUACCAGAAGCGGCUGAUUCCAUUCCUCCUAACACAUCCUGUGGAGUGGUGGAAGCGGAUUCCCGUUUCAUAAGGUAUCUUUCUGAAGUGUCAACAAAGGUGACUCCGGCCACAUAACAUCCCUAGCUGGCUACUUUCUUCCUCACUCUCACCUCAGAGCUCCUUCACAAGCUUCCCCGAUCCUAAGUAUACAUUACACACGCUGGAGAAUGAAUGUCUGACAGAUCCAAAAAGUCAGUGGGGAUCAAAGGCUCGUGGCUCGCUUCAGAUGGUCGAGAGAGAAAUUUCCACAUACCAUAAUUUAGCCCGUUAAGUUGUAAGGGCUCCCCGCCUUUGUUAUUGCCUUUGGAAGUCUCAUAUUAGAGGAUUCAACUGAUGAAUUAUAAAGUGGUUUUCUUCCUUUGAAGGAUAAAGGAAAUAAAGUGUACAGGGGGUAUAAUCUUAUUCAGACCACGGCCUGGCUUGGUAAAUUUUUACCUCUCGUCUUGGUAGAUUUCACUUGGUUCCUAAGAAAGCAGCUGCUAAGCCUUAAGAGGUCUCAAGAUUAUUAUUUAAGACGCAUAUUACAGCUCUUCACUCACCUGAACGAGGCUGAGAAUGUCCCUACGAAGAAGGCGACGCAGUGGAAGAUAGCACCAACAAAACAAAUCCCUUCAACUCUCCACCUCUGCUAAGAACCAUGGAGUUAGCACACACAACCCUUUCCUCCUGCAUUCCCUGCCCAUCCUCUCGCUCCAGGAAUAGAUAUUUUUAUACCCAGACAAGACAUCCUCAAUGUUCCAACACUCCAACCAAAACAAUGACAACCCAAACACGCAGAUCUCAAACGCCUGGACGCCAAAACAGUUCUUGUGGGAUUUCAACUUCCUCUUCCUCCUCCAGUUUGUUUCCGACGACCCUCUCGUUGCUGCGCCUCCUUCGAGUACUUGCCGUUUUACUACUGGUGCCUCAGGUUAUGUCGUUCGCGACGUCCUCCUUCAUCACGCCACGACUGACGUCCUUCGAGUCGUGGGAGCACGAGGCGCGGCUGGAGGAGACGGGAGCUUUCGUGGUACAGUGGUCACCGCGGGAGGAAAGUAUAGAGUUCCGGGUGACAGCAAGAACCACGGGUUACAUAGGAUUUGGUCUCUCAUCCAAACCCAGGAUGGAUGGCGCCGAUAUCGUCGUCGGGUGGGUACACUCAGGAAAGGCGUACCUGCAGGACAGACACGGGAGGGGGAAUCAGGAGCCCUCAGUGGACGAUCAGAGAGAUUGGAUGCUGGUUGGAGGCUAUGAAAACGAUACCCAUACUGUUCUCAUUAUGUCUCGACCCUACAAUACCUGUGACAAGAACGACCACGUCAUAUCGAACGACACAGUGAGGCUACUGUGGGCUUACCACCCUGACGACCCCGUGGACCCGGAGAGCCCACGACCACGUCUGCACUACCAUGGUGCCUCCCGAAGGGGAGCCAAGUCCAUGUUCCUGCUGGAGAGGGGGCAGAAAUCCCCCUCGUCUAACUCCUUCAGUCACCCCCCAUCCCACUCCCCGGAUUUCUCCCCCUCUGGAUUCCCUCCCUCUUCUUCCAUCCCACAACACUCUGGGGGUCACUACCACCAUCACCAUCAUCAUCACCACCACCACCCACUUACCCGCUCGUGGUUACUAACCCACCCUGGGGUCGAGGUGGGACCCACCAGUGAUACAGUGUACUGGUGUAAAGUCUUCAAGAGACCAACUCUUGUACAGAAGAACCACGUUAUAAGAUACGAGCCGGUGUUCACCUCUGGCAACGAGCAGUACGUGCACCACAUGAUCGUGUACGAGUGCACAGACCUCACUAACCUGGAGCCAGAGCUGGACGUAGCGUUUGAGGAACUGGCUUCAUCUGGUGGUCAUGUAUGCUACCAGACUGACACCUCCCAGCUGGUGUACACCUGUAACCACGUUGUAGUAGCCUGGGCUGUAGGCUCUGAGGGGUUGUCUCUUCCCCCUGAGGCUGGCUACCCCUUAACCCCUAAAGGGCCGAAGUUCUACAUGCUGGAGGUCCACUACGACAACCCUAAUGGGCACACUUUUAAGGACGAGUCGGGGAUACGCAUUAUAUAUACUCCGGAGCUGCGUUACUACGACGCAGGAGUGUUGAGCAUCGGUCUGGAGCCCAGCUGGAAGCAUCUUAUACCACCACGACAGAGAACUGUCUUGUCAGAAGGUCACUGUGUGUCCGAGUGUACCCAGGCUGCCCUGUCUCCCACUGGCAUCAAUGUCUUCGCAGUGAUCCUGCACACUCAUCUGCUGGGACGUAAAGUGCGGGUGCGUCACCUUCGCCAGGGCCGGGAGCUGGAGCCCAUAGCUCAGGAUAACAACUAUGAUUUUAACUACCAAGAGUACAGAGCUCUCAAACUUCCUCGGUCAAUUCUACCCGGAGACCACCUGAUCGGAGAGUGUACAUACAACAGUCGGGAGAGAUCAAGCAUCACUCUGGGAGGCUUUAAAACCAGAGAUGAGAUGUGUCUCUCGUAUCUCUUCUACUGGCCCAGGGUGGACCUGUCUCUCUGUCACUCCAAGCCGUCUCUCAACACGGUCCUCCACUCGCUGGGCAUCGAGGAGCUGUCAGCAAAUUCAGAUCCUAUUAAAAUCCGACGACCGAUCGAACUGGCUGGCAAGUCGUUGGAGUGGCGACUGAUGAACUACGACUGGAAGAACCAGUUCGACUACUUCCAGGAGACGACCCACAGCGGUACUUUCAACCCCAUCUGUUGGAGGCGAGGAGAAAGUCUCAUUCCAGAAGCAGAGAAACUCGACUAUGAGUACCCAAACAUUACGGAGGCGUGGCUGCCGGAGAACGUCUGCAGACAACGCAGAAGGAAGAGCAAGCGACGCAAGACGAAGAACGGUCGCGGCAAGAGCCGUCAGGGCGACGCAGAGGAAGGGGAGGAAGAGGAGGAGGAGGAAGAAGAGGAAGAGGUUAUGUUUGAUGAUCAAACCAACUCCAGGCCUAUAGAAAGGAUUGACGUGGAUCCUUUCAAUCACGUUGAUGUUUUCAUGCCAGUGAUUGAGGGAAGAGUUGAGAGUGGCCCCCAAGACCCGUUUGGAGUGGAGGAGGCUCCGAAUCAGGGACUGGAGGAGGAGAUGGAAGAAAUGGAGAGGGACUUGGAAAAGGAACUGGCUAAUAAAUACCCGGACACGUUCCAAGAAAGAACCGCACAUCAGAACAUAGAAGGGUCAAGUUCCAACUGCCUUAUAUCUCAGUGGAUAUUGUCAAUGUGCCUGUGUGUUCUGUCUCUCUCUCAGCUCUACGACAGCCACGGCUGAGGUCGAGGAAUCAGGGCACGGAAGAUCGCCUCUUCGAUGUCGCAAGUGUAUUCAUUUUUAAGGACAUAAACACGCGCUGUGAAAAAUGUGGAUUAAGCCUCCGGCUUCUUACUGCUCUCAGAGAUACGGCAUCUAAGAGUAUCUCCCAAAGAUGAUGGUUCACCUGCCUUAGGAAUGUGCAAAGAACCUUGGUUAUUGUGUUGAGUGUUGAGACGUGUGUGUGUGUGUGUGUAUGUGUGAGUGUGUGUAUGUUUGGGGGAGGGAGUGGGAUGGGGUUGGAGGACGCUGAAGGACGUUGAAAACCUUGUCCAAACCUCACCAUCACCUCCAACCUCUGACUCCCUAUAUGCUACAUUAUCAGUGCCUCUUUUUUGUAAAAUUGUCGCUUUUAUGUGUUCUGGGGGCAUUUCGUACGUUUUUUGUGAGAAAUGUGAUGAAAUAGUCUCAAGGUUUUAUAAAUUUGUGCAAAAGUUGUAGAUAAUAUAUGGCGCAAAUAAAUAUUUUAUUUAUAGAAUAAAGCAAAUUCAAUUAGACAGCCUCACCUCAGUAGUUAAUCGACACAGAAGAAUUAAUUUUGUAUUUUAAAUCCUGUACUUUACAAGUGAUGUAUUUUGCUUGGUGAAAGGUUCCAUAUAUCGAGCUUCGUGUGCUUGAAAAGCCAGAAAUUUCCAAGAAGCAUAGAUAAUUUAUUUUUUACGUUCCUGAUCUUUUCAAAAUUACUCGUAAUUUGUGUGCUAGGGAUGUUUAAUGCCACAGUGGAUGAUUAGGUAAUACCUGCAAGUAUGGUAGGCACACCCAUGGUGCAGACCAAACUUGUUAUGCACUGUGUUUCGCUCUGUGUAGAGCGAAACGUUGUUCUUCAAGUUGAUAUCCAAUUUACAGAAAAAAAAAUGGCUUGAGGAUUCUUUUUUUUCCAUUAGAGUUUUAUCUAUUUUUUUAAUCUCUAAAUUAUUUUUUGAGUUCUAAAUCGUGUCUAUAAACUCGGUCCAUAUAUCUAUAUAUAUAUACAAAUAUAUAUGUAUAUAUAUACAUAAAUUGUAUAACAGUAGUAUCUGUGAUUAGACAUUUCUGUUUCACAACAGCUCAUGGGUUGAUGAAUCACUAAGAGGUGUGGUGUGGACCAGUGGACCAGCACACCUUCCCUAAACGAGGUGUGGACCAGCACACCUUCCCUAAACGAGGUGUGGACCAGCACACCUUCCCUAAACGAGGUGUGGACCAGCACACCUUCCCUAAACGAGGUGUGGACCAGCACACCUUCCCUAAACGAGGUAUGGACCAGCACAUGUUCCCUAAACGAGGUGUGGACCAGCACACCUUCCCUAAACGAGGUGUGGACCAGCAUAUGUUCCCUAAACGAGGUGUGGACCAGCACACCUUCCCUAAACGAGGUAUGGACCAGCAUACCUUCCCUAAACGAGGUGUGGACCAGCACAUGUUCCCUAAAGUAUGGAGCAAUGGACCAGUACACCCUCAACACUACGAGAUGUGGUCAAGUGGACCAUCACACCCCUUUAUACAAGGUGUAAAGCAAUGAACCAGCACACCUCAACACUACCAGGUGUGGUCAAAUGGACCAGCAUUCCCAUCUCGUUACUACAAGGUGUGGCUCUAGCCACUGGUCCAGCAUAACACCUCUACUUCACAAGGUGCAGUUCAGAUACACAGACUAGCACACCUCCAGCCUCCGUCUAACCCUUCAGAAUUAACACUUCUCUUGUUCAACUGUUUACACCUACACGAAAUUACACCAAUAGAAUAAUGUACAGGCGUAUGGAACACAAUAUACUGAACGAGCUUUAACUGGGACAGUUAUCAAAAUGAUUUAAAACCCGACAAGUUGAAGAAUUAAAGACUUUUGCAACAUCUGGGAUUCUUUACUGUGGAAAUGUUUGAUAGCUUCCUCAGUCACAUACAGAGAUGAAUAGAGGAGUUUGAGGUAAUCAGUCCCUCAGCCUCGAGUCGACUUGUUCAAUCUUAAAUGUUGCAAAAGUAUUUAAUUCUUCAACUAGGACAAAGUUUGGUUCCUAGAAGAGCUUUAGCAAGCACUUAAUAAAGCUCUAGGGCGAAACGUAGACCCAGAUAAAGCUUAUUCUUCAUAAUGUGCACCUCAAAAAAGCUCUACUACAUAAUGAGCUCAUCCCCACAGUUUUAAAAUGAUGAUUUCUACGAAAAAGCAAACUUAGAAUUUGUGUGCAGAAGUUUAGAAGCCUUAGACAUUUAGAAUCACUUUCUAAAUUGAAAAGGGAAGUGAGUUUUUGGGAACAAGUAAAAAUUAGAAAAAUUAUGGUGAAAGUCAAGCUAGU